CUUAUCUAUGACAUCUUAUAUUGGCUGCGGAAUAUCAUUUGUCUGCCUCAUUCUUACAAUAAUAAUUCAUGUUUGUUCCAAAAAUCUACGGAAAUCAACGGCUUCAAAGAUUUUAAUAAACUUGUGCGCUUCUUUGGCUAUCACUAAUUUGAUCUUUCUUGUUGGGAUGCAACCGUAUACCUCAAAAAUAACAGCUGCUUGUAAGGCAGUGGCUGCUCUGUUACACUACUUCCUUCUGACAUCUCUCAUGUGGAUGGCUGUAAUUGUAUUUAAAACAUACCAGUCACAUUUUAUCCCGAAGAGUUCAAUUUUGUCAUGGGGUCUUCCAGCUGUCAUUGUCACAAUUACUCUGGCAAUUAACUACACAAACAAUUACAUUAGAAUUGAACACGCACAAGUUUGUUGGUUGUCGGAGAUACCAUUCUAUGCUGCUUUCCUGGCUCCCGUCGUGACUAUUCUCAUCUUCAACAUUAUCAUGUUUUUCUCGUUAUCUUGCGUCUUAUCGCAAUGCAAAAUAACAAGCUGCUUCAACACGAAACCAGAAGACUACGUUUUCUUGGAAUAUUUGGUUUGUUUUUCCUGUUCGGAUUAUCUUGGGUCUUUGCAGUCUUCGCUGUUGGGGAAGCAGCAGAAGUGUUUCAGAUUCUUUUCGUUACCUUCAGUGCCUUUCAAAGAACGUUUAUCUUCUUAUUCUACUGUAUAUACAAGAAAGAUACCAGAGACAUCAUCUGCUCGUGUAUAUGUAAACAAAAGAAAGAGAAAGCCAGUAAAGUUUUAAGAACCUAUAAAAGUUCAGGCUCUGGUGAUGGAACAGCAGAAAUGAACACAUAAAUAGAAACGUUAAAACAAACGUCUGUGAAUUGACAGAAAAGACAUUGAUGAGAAUAAUAACGAGGAUAAUCCACAAAAUAUAUAACUUAUUUCGGAUUAUAUGAAUUAAAACAUGAUGGAUAUAUAAAGAUUUGCAAAUUGACAUUCCCCUUAACCAUCAAAUCAUGAAUGGAUCAACUGAAAGAAAUGACAAAAUUAUAUAAAGUAGAAAAACCUAGCGGAAAUCCCGCAGGUGUCGCUACCGAGCAUAAUUACAUAUAAACAACUUAUUAAAUUCAUACUGUUCCUUCCAAAAAUAUAAUCCUUUUUAACAUAAAAGGUCCAGUAAUUAAAAAAGGGCUCAAUAUAUAUUUUCUUUCAUUAAUAACUAUUGUUUAAAUUAAAACACACAUA